AUGGAUGGGGACGAGGAAGAGGGCUCGGAUGGGGAGAUGGAACCGGAGUAUUCUGGUUUGGAGCAGCCUCCUCUCACACGCAUGUUAAAGAACAUCCUGUCUGAGUAUCCUGAUGAUGGUCAGAUACUUAAGGAGUUGAUACAAAAUGCCGAGGAUGCUGGUGCAUCAGUGGUGAAAAUAAUGUUCGAUGGCAGAAAUAUCAACCAUGAACCUCACAGUGAAAAGAAGAAACCUUUCAAUAAAUAUUUCAAGGGUCCAGCUUUAUUCUUCCACAACAAUGCUGUAUUCUCUGAGGAUGACUGGAGGGGGAUUAAGAUGUUGUACAGCAGUGUGAAGGAGUUAGAUCCGUUAAAGGUCGGACGAUUCGGACUCGGCUUCAAAUCUGUUUUCCAUAUAACAGAUUACCCAAUGAUCGUGUCUGGUAAGAAGCUUCUUGUUAUAAAUCCUUACACGACCUACUCAGACAAGGUUUGCACGAGCUUCCGCUUAGACAGAUUGGCCAGAUACAAAGGAAUGGACAUGAAAGCCUUCAAAGAUGCGUUUGAUGAUGUUUUUGGGUUUGGAGAGGAGACUUUGGCAAGUGGAGAGUACAAGGGUACUCUGUUUAGGUUUCCUCUGCGUCAAAUUGGCACAGAAUUAUCUGGGAACUUAUACAAUGAGGAGAAAAUUGAGAAUCUGUUUGAUUCCUUUACAACAGAAGCGCCUUUUACCCUCCUUUUCCUGAAAAACCUGGAGGAAAUGACUUUAUACAGACGAAAGAAUGGUGUUGAGCCAAGGUACAGGGUAAUGAUCCAAGAUCUAGGAUCAGAAACUUCGCUAGAGGGGCGACGGGAAUUCCGCAAGUCACUGCAAAAGUAUACAACAAGUAGCAUGUCGAGUGAUUUGAUAUGCAGUCUCCAUGUGAAUAUAAGCGUGGAAUCGCAUGAUCAGAAUGGUUGGACAACACGUGAUGACAAGUCAUGGUUCAUUGUCAAUACCGUGCUAGGACACGACAACAUGUCCCCUGAAUUACGCUCACUUUCCCAGGAUAAAGACUUGUCAUACAGUCCCUAUGUAGGGGUCGCAAUUCCAGAUAAGGACACUGAGGAUUUCAAAGGACACGUCUUCUGCUUUCUUCCUCUUCCAUUGGAGGAGCGAAGUUUGACAGGAUUCCCUGUUCAUGUGAACGGAUUCUUUGCUUUGAGCCAGAAUAGACGCCAUGUGAAGUGGCCAUCAGCUGAUUUAAAGCAAUCGGCCAUCACUGCUGACAAAUCUCUUCAGUGGAACCAGGCUCUAAUCAAGGAGGCCUUAUCCCAGGUCUACCUGAAUAUGGUACAGCAGCUGAUAACUAAAUGUGUAAAGGCAAACAACCCAGAUACCUUGGUUCAGAUGGUGUACCGAUCCAUCCCAUGUCUCGAUGAUGUGGAUGUGAAAUGGCGGAUUAUCUUGGACCCAUUAGUGAAAAGUCUCCUACAGACAGAUUUUCUCUACACUGAGAACAAUGGAGGCCAAUGGAUAGAGCACAGAAAUGCAGUGUUUGAAUGUCCACAUUCUGUGACUGAUGCUGGAGUUUGGGUCACACUGAGACAUAUCAUGAAGCAAUAUAAACAAAACUUUACGAUUAUUCCUCCUCACAUCACGACGUUGUCGGAGAAGAUGACCAGAAUGACCAUGUUGACCCCAGCCUUCCUAGACAACCUUCUCAGGGGGAACAGCUCGUAUGAAAUCUGCAGCACAACUCAGAAACUUCAUCUGCUACAAUAUCUGAUGUCAGAACAAAAAUAUGAAUCCCUAAAAGGUUUAAAACUAUUGCCACUGGAAAACGGCAGUUUUGUGAGAUUUGAGACAGUUGGCUGUGUUUAUAUGUGUAGAGAAACGACAGCGAAGCUGAUCCCUGGGUGUGAAGAAAAUAUUGUGAACCUGCACCUUCCUGAGGAUAUUAAACAGCACCUACAACAGAUUAAAGGCAAAGAUACAGGCCACAUAGUCCAUUUCAUCAUCACACUGGCCAUCCACUGA